AUGAGGGGGUUCAGUGCUGGAAGCACCACCAAGUACAGAACUGACACCACCAGAUGUAACAAUGGGGAGGGGGUGAAGCAGGGCUUCAGAAAGAACCACAAGGAAAAGCCACAGAGAUCCCACAGGAGGAAGGGCAGCAAAUGCAGAUUGCGGGGAUCUGAGGAGGAAAGACGCAGCCUGGGCCGGGCAGGUGGCCGGAGAUCGAGCCAGAGCUCAGACCUGGUGGUCAAUAAGUGGCUUCAUGAUGCAGAGAAACCCCACAAGCGCUCAGAGUGUGGGAAGAGCUUCAGAAGGAGGUACAGCCUGAUCUGCCACCAGAUUCAGACCAUCUACACCCUGACCCGUCACCAGGUGACCCACACCAGAGAGCGGCCCCACAAGUGUGAUCAAUGCGGGAAGAGGUUUCAGCUCACCUCCGCUCUCCUCGUGCACCAGCGCACGCACACAGACGAGAAGCCCUUCCGCUGCCCUGACUGCGGGAAGGGCUUCAGGGAAAAACUUCACCUCAUCUGCCACCAGAGGACCCACACAGGCGAGAGGCCCUACAAGUGUGAGGAGUGUGGGAAGAGCUUUAGGCAGGACACCAACCUGAUCUGCCACCAGAACAUCCACACUGGGAAAAGGCCGUACAAAUGUGGAGAGUGUGGGAAGGGCUUCAGCCAGCGUGCCAACCUGAUCUCCCACCAAAAGAUCCACACUGGGGAGAGGCCCUACGAGUGUUCUGAGUGUGGGAAGAGGUUUCCCACCCGCACCGCUCUCCACAUCCACUACCGUUCACACACGGAGGAGAGGCCUUUCCACUGCUCUGACUGCGGGAAGAGCUUCAGGCACAACUCCAGCCUCAUCAUCCAUCGGCGCAUCCACACCAGGGAGAGGCCGUACAAGUGUGAGGAGUGUGGGAAGAGCUUCUCCCACGGCUCAGCCUUCACCAAACACCAACAGAGGCACCAGUAAGGGAAGCCCUGUGAGUGCCCCGAGUGCGGGAAGAGCUUCAUGCGCUGCUCCAACUCCAUCCCCACUGCAGGACCCACGUUGGGCAGAGCCCUGGUG